CGCCUAGCGAGACACUUCCUAGACACUUCCUAGACAGUUCCCAGACACUUCCUAGACGGCGGCGGGCAGUGGCGGAGGACGUGGCAGAGGAGCGCCUAGCAGGAUACUUCCUGGACACUUCCCAGAGACUUCCUAGCCGAGACAUGUCGAGAGUGGCCGAGGUGAGCCGAGGUGAGCCGAGGUUAGCCGACACGUGGUCGUUACCUGGUGCAUAACGAGUUAGCAACGCGGCGCCUGCAGGGCUCAGCAGCAGCGGCGGCGGGGUCGGCGGCGGCGGCGGCGCGCGGGGCGGCGGCGGCGGGCUGGCCGCGCUGAUGUGGGAGGAGCCGGCCCUCCGCCGCGUCGUGCUCGUCCUCUGCCUGCACUGAUCCCGACGCUCCUCCUCACCAACUGCGCCUUCGAGGUGCUCGGUCGCCGAUCGACAAUGUCGGCGCUGCUGCUGGUCGCGGCAGCCGCGUGCGCCGCGACAGCGGUCGUCGGCGGAGGCGGGGCGGGGGGCGGGGGCGGCGGCGGCGGCGAGGGCUCCCUGCACGCCGCCAUCUCUACGCUGGGAACGGUCUGCGUCUCGUGCGCGUUUGCGGGCGGGUACGUCCUCUCAGCAGAGGUGCUACCCACCGACGUCCGCGCGACUGGGCUGGCGCUCUGCAGCCAGGUCGCCCGGAUCGGCGGCUUUCUCUCGCCGCUGCUCCUGCUCGCGGGCGACCGCUCGCCGCCCGUCCCUUACGCGGUCUGGGGCGCCCUGUCUCUCCUCGCCGGCAUCGCGACGUGGCUGCUGCCCGAGCUGUGCGGGGAAGGCUCGCUCGAGUCGGUCGACGACCUUCGGCAGUUGGUGGCGAGGCAGUCUCGUCGGCACCGCCCCGGCGCCGCCGCGGUGCGGAUUGCGUGAGAGGGACGGCCGCGGGUUGUGAGCAUGGCGCGUUGAGCCAAUGGCGGCAGCGGCCGUGAGCGGCACCACCAACCGCUCACACCACACACGUUGUGCGCGAUCGGUCUCGCUUUGGCAGCACAGCUUGCACUGCAUGUGCUGCGGAGAAUGAGGCUUGGGGGGGUGUGAGGUGUGCGGCACUUGAGGCAAACCCCACUUUGGGACCUAUUUGAGGCGGUGUGGCGGCACUCACAGGGCACAAGUUAGAAGCUCUCCCGCCUUGUC